CAAGGCAAAAAUCUUGUCAGUACACCUUUUUUCAAUUAUUUACCUUAAACGCUACAAUGGAACCAAUAACUGAAGUUCAAAGUGGAAAAUUAAUGGGGAAGUUGAAUAAAACCUCAAAUAACUUCGAAUUUUACACCUUCAAGGGAAUUCCGUAUGCUAAACCACCUGUAAAAAAUUUAAGGUUUGCGCCUCCUGAACCUCCACUCCCUUGGGAAGGUGUGAAAGAUGCCACCCUUGACUGCAACAUCUGUGCGCAGUUUGAUAAAGCAACAUCUACGGUAAUCGGAGCUGAAGACUGCUUGUACUUGAAUGUAUAUACUCCGAGCUUACCGAGUUCUUCAUCGUCACAAUUACCUGUAAUGGUAUUCUUUCAUGGUGGUGGCUUUUUAUUUGGCAACGGAACUGAUGAUUCCGCGCAUGGUCCCGACUAUUUAAUUGAAAAAAAUGUGGUCAUAGUAAGCUUGAACUACAGGGUAGGCAUUCUUGGCUUUCUUUGUUUAGAUUGUAAAGAAGCCCCAGGGAAUAUGGGCUUAAAAGAUCAAGUGAUGGCCUUGAAAUGGGUGCAGCAGAACAUUAAAAGUUUCAAUGGCGAUCCAGACAAUGUGACAAUUUUUGGAUUCAGCGCUGGAGCCGCAUCGGUGGAAUAUUUAAUGCUGUCUCCGAUGGCCAAGGGUCUGUUCCAUAAAGCGAUAGCAAAUUCUGGUUCUUCUUUACUACCUUGGGCAAAGUGUGAAAGAACAAGGGAGUUAGCCAGAAAAAUACCAGCGUUACAACAAAUAUCGGUACUCACAGAUGAGGAGCUGCUAAAGUAUCUGAAGGAUAUGCCCAUACAGGAACUGAUUGCAAUGUCCAUGGCAGUAAUUGCAGCUUCCAUAUGGAAGGGAGGUAUACAUUUUGGCUUUGUUCCCACAAUUGAAAAACCAAAGGAUUGGGAACCAUUCCUAAGUAAACCAACAUACAAACUUUUGUCUGAUGGUGAAUUUACAAAGGUGCCUUUCAUGUCUGGUUUUUGUACUCGAGAGGGUCUUUUGAUGUUGCCCCUUGCUGCUCCACUUUUUGGAAAGGUUGUCAAUGAAAAAAGCUUUGCUCCAUACUUGCCUUUUGAGGUGGACAGAAAAGAUGAAAUUGAUGCAGAACUGAAGGGAGUGUAUCUAAAGGAGGAUAAAGAGUAUGGGGAUGAUGACUCCUAUGCUGUUGAUUUCUACACCGACGUGGAUUUCUUGGCUGGUAUUCACAUUGCGUUAUCUAUGAUCGCUAAAAGCAAUUCUCCAGUUUUCUUCUACGAGUUUGCUUACGAUGGCAAUUUGAACUAUAUAAAAAAGAAAAUGCAGAUCAAUAGGAAAGGUGCCUGCCACGGUGAUGAUGGGGGGUAUCUAAUAAAAAGUGAGAUCCUCAAGGGAAAGCUGUCUGAAAAUGAUAUUAUGGUGAGAGAAAGAAUGUGUCUUAUGUGGACCAACUUUGCUAAAUAUGGCAAUCCUACACCAGAGUUGAACAAUGUGAUAUCAACGAAAUGGGAACCUGUUGAAGAAAAUAAAAUUAAAUAUCUUCUCAUCAAUGACAAAUUGACAAUGAAGAUAAAUCCUUACGAAGACAGAAUGAAAAUUUUUACAGAUCUGUACAGGGAAUAUUAUAAGCUAUAAAUUU